CGUCCAGCAGCUGAUGGGUAAUCCAGAAGAAGUUUCCCCUCAGUCAGGGGGGAGCUCCACUUUGAAGCAGGAGACUCCACAACCACCCUGCAUUAAAAAGGAAGAGGAGGAACUCUGCAUCACUCAGGAGGGAGAGUGUCUUCUAGGACGAGAGGAAGCUGAUUACACCAAGUUGCAACUGAGUAUUGUCUCUGUGAAGACUGAAGAUGAUGAAGAGAAACCACAAGUAGACAACCUCUUAGCUCCACUAUCAGAUAGUGAGGCUGAAGACGAGGUUGAAGAACCUUUGAGCAGCGAUACAGACUGUGAAGGUGAUAUGAGGACUCACACUGACAACAAACACUCUGAAUGCUCUUCAAAGAAGAGAGGUAAAACAUGUUUGAGCUGCUCAGUUUGUGCUGAAAGUUUUACUAACAAGAGCAAUUUAAAUCGACACAUGAGAACACACACAGGAGAUAAACCAUUCAAUUGUUCAGUUUGUGCUAAAAGGUUUUCUGUUAAGUGGUAUUUGACUGAACACAUAAGAACACACACUGGUGAAAAACCAUUUAAUUGUUCAGUUUGUGGCAAAAGCUUUUCUCAAAAUAGCAAUCUGACUAAACACAUGAGAAGACACACUGGUGAAAAACCAUUUAGUUGUUCAGUUUGUGGCAAAAGCUUUUCUCAAAAUAGCUAUUUGACUGAACACAUGAGAACACACACAGGUGAAAAACCAUUUAGUUGUUCAGUUUGUGACAAAAGCUUUUCUCGAAAUAGCUCUUUGACUGAGCACAUGAGAACACACACAGGUGAAAAAACAUUUAAUUGUUCAGUUUGUGGCAAAAUCUUUUCUCAAAAUAACUCUUUAACUCUACACAUGAGAACACACACAGGAGAAAAAACAUUUAUUUGUUCAGUUUGUGGUAAAAGCCUUUCUCUAAAAUGCCGUUUGACUCAACACAUGAGAACUCACACGGGUGAGAAACCAUUUAAUUGUUCAAUUUGUGGCAAAAGCUUUUCUCAAACUAGCGAUUUGACUCAACACAGAAGAACACACACAGGUGAAAAACCAUUUAGUUGUACAGUGUGUGGCGAAAGCUUUUCUCGAAAUUGCCGUUUGUCUCAACACAUGAGAACACACACAGGUGAAAAACCAUUUUGCUGUUCGUUUUGUGGUGAAACCUUUUCUAUUAAGAACCGUUUGACUGAACACAUGAGAACACACACAGGUGAAAAACCAUUUAGUUGUUCAGUGUGCUGUAAAAGGUUCCCACAUAAAGCAGACGCAGCAAAACACAUGAGAACACACAAGGGAAAAUAAGCAAUUAGCUGUUUGGUUUUUGGUAUGUUGCUCAUAUGUGGCGACAUCCACCCUACCCAGGACCUCCUCACUGCUUCUUUCACAAAUAUCUGAGGUAUGAACGUUGAGAGGAAAAAGGUUAUUCUCUUUACUUUCACAAAAUGUACAGAAAAGAAACAAAACUGUGGUCCCUCAACCAGGUACGGACUGAAGCGUGGGUUACCUGCACCGUUACACCUCUAGUAAACACAAUUAUAGACAUGAACAAAUUGACAGUUGUCAGCUGUGAGCAUAUAUUACCUCCAUCAAACAUGGCGGAAAUGUCUGUUACAAGAUACUGUGCUAGUAAAUAGUAGGGAUGCAACUGUACUCGCUUAAAGUGUUGUUAAUCAGGAUCAGUUGGUAUGCAAUAAAUACUUUUGAUAAUUUU